AUGUUCGUUACACCCGCUUGCGUCGCCGCGGAGUCACGUUUUCUGUUAGCGUCGUCGCCGUCGUCCGCGCUUACGUCGCGACGAACAUCAUUAUCGACCGCCACUGUGGUACAUCGGCAUACCGUUCAACCGCCUUUCAGUAAAGAAGCAGUAGAUCUUGCUGAAGUUACUGUUGCUACCAUUCAACGUUUACGUGGAAAUAUAAUUGAAGAGCUUAUACAAUUGUUUAAAGAAGCUGAGUUAAAUGAGUGCUUUUUAUGUUACAAAAAUGUACUUAAAGGAUUUCAAUGUUUGUUUUCUGGUACAUAUUCAGAUGAUUUUGACGAACUUCUUCAAUUUUAUCUUGACACUGAUAAACAAAUUGUUAAAGCAGAAUUAAAUCUAUGGCAUGCAGUACUUAACAACAAUGGACAACACACUAAAAGUGGGUUGGAAGCAUUAAGGCUAUGCAAGAAGGAAAUGUUUCCAAAUAUUCAUUUCUUAGUUCAAAUACUAUGUACUUUACCAGUGUCCACAGCAACACCAGAACGAACGUUUUCAUGUCUAAAAAGAUUGAAAACUUAUUUAACAAACACAAUGACAGAAACACGACUUAAUGGACUGACAAUGUUGGCUGUUCACACUGAUAUACCACUUUCAGCUGAACCUUGA